GAGGUACAAAGUUACAAACACCACGACGACCUGACACGACCCUCUCAGCCAAACACUAGCGCCAACACUGCGAGAGCGGCAGAGCCGCAGAGGGCAGACGCAGGCAGAACCCGACCGGAGGAGAGUGGGCGCUGCCAUGCAGAUGCCGUAUCGUCUCGAUCGUUGUUAGUAGUACCACCACCGGCGCGGCCUCUUCCCUCCACCACCCCUUGAAUCAAAUCACAUAUCGCCUCCGCUCCAGCGCGCGCGGCCGCCGAUUAAUUUCCCCUGUUCCCCCCUCCGUCCGCACAUUCAUCCUCCCUUCGCACGCGCGCGCGCAGCACAGGCAGGGGGAAUGGGGAACUGCCAGGCGGCGGAGGAGGCGACGGUGGUGGUGCAGCACCCGGGCGGGCGGGUGGAGCGGCUCUACUGGGCGACCAGCGCCGCCGAGGUCAUGCGCGCCAACCCGGGCCACUACGUCGCCGUCGUCACCCUCCGCGUCGUCGAGGAGAAGCCCCCGCAUCACCCGCACCCGGGCCACCAACAGCAGCGGCGCGGCACGGUGCGGCUGACGCGGGUGAAGCUGCUCAAGCCCCGGGACACGCUGCAGCUCGGCCACGCCUACCGCCUCAUCGCCGUCGCCGAGGUCUCCAGGGCCGUGCAGGCCAGGAAGGAGGAGAAGACCAGGAGAGCGCAGCAGCAGCAGCUUCUAGGAGAAUCCAAGCAGGCUGCGGGCGGGCGCUCUGCUGCUUCCGCUGGCGAUGACCAGGCGCUGGCCGAUGAGAGCCUUGAUCAGUUGGAGCACCAAGACAGGGACAGCCACCACCGGAGCAACUCGGCAACAAGUUCUAGGCAUCGCCAAUGGCGCCCUUCUCUGCACAGCAUCGCCGAAGUCAGUAGCUGAUGGGACCGUCAGUAGGCAAUGAAAUGGUCUGUGUUUUUAGAGUUCAUGUUCAUCAGUUGGUUGCUAGAUUCAAGUUCAACAUCUCAAUAGUGGAAGAUGAACACUUAUUGUCCAAGGAUUGGAUUAGACUCUGAGUUGGGACCAACGCAUGUGAGAAAUGACCGGUCUAGCUCACGUCAUUUCAGUGAGAUUGAGAUUAUAUCUCUCUCGUUUGGUGCCUUUUCAUCUCAGCGUUGGGCCGGAUAGAAAUGUUGAACGACCAGCAGUUUGAUGUACUAGUAUAUUCAGUUAAGAUGCAAAGCAGAAAGUACAUCUCUUCGCAGAUAGCAUUUGAGGAUCUUGUUGUGGUUGUGUACUUCAAUUAUUGUUUCUUGGUGCCGACUUUGCAAUCA